AUGGAUGACCUUCAAUCACUCGAACACCUCUCCCUCAUAUCGCGCAUAACAAACGAGCUUCAAAAUCACCUGGGAGUAAGCGAUAAAGUUCUCGCCGAGUACAUCAUAGAGCAACAUUUAAAAUGUUCUUCGUUUGCCGAAUUCAAGAGCGCGCUAGAGGCGAUGGGAGGUGACCUAUUCCCGAUGAGUUUAAUGGAAAGCGUGGAUCGAUUAGUGCUUACGAUGCAUCCGAGAUAUAAAAACAAAAAUAAGAAAGACAGGGGUGAUGAACACGUUGAAAAUGGGGCAAGCGAUGAUAUGGAUGCGUUAAAUGCCUUGGAGAAGAAGGCGCGUGUCUUCAAGGGCUUGGCGGUUCCGGACCAGGAGCCGGGAUGGGCGGAGGAGGAGUAUAUGGAGGUUGGGAAUAAGAACGGAUUGGGAGUUGAUGAGCACGAUGCGAAGGAUAGUGCGAUGGAUGAUACAUUCGCGAUGCUGGAGGGGUUGGCAGGGAAGGCGAGGGCGAAAACGACUACAAUAACAGAGUCACGGCCAGUAUCGAAGAGGAAGCGGAGUCGUAGUCGGAGUCCAGAGUACGAUGAUUAUAGCCGGCGCCGACGGAGGGAUCGGUAUCGUUCGAGGUCGAGAUCGAGAUCGCGGAGUCCGGCUUAUAAUAAGAGGGAUGAGGAUCCAGUGGAUGAGUUCGGCCGGUCGACUGGUGGCCGGUCCUCAAAUGACGAUGAAUACCGCGAUGGACGGAGUGAACGCCGGAGGAGGAGACGAGCCGACGAAGAUUACUUUCGCAAACCUCCGCCUGUUGAGCUCGAUGACUCGCCUGUUUUGUAUAAAAUCUACGACGGGCGAGUUACGGGUGUGAAAGACUUCGGCGCGUUUGUGAACCUGGUGGGCGUUAGGGGAAAGGUUGACGGGCUGGUGCAUGUAUCUGCGAUGCAGGAGGGUACGCGUGUGAAUCAUCCCUCAGACUUGGUAUCUCGCGGUCAGCCAGUGAAGGUCAAAGUGAUCAGUAUACAAGGCUCACGCAUUGGCCUAUCCAUGAAAGAGGUAGACCAGGAGACUGGGCAGGAUCUAGUCCCGCAAAAGCGCCUUGCAUCGGGAGCGAAUAUGGAGCGACUAGAUGGCAUGCCAUCAGAUGAUAGAUACGGCAACCUCAGUGCGGAUGUGCCUGUUAUUGAGGAAUCCGACGGCCGAUCUAUGAAGAACCGAAAGCGUCUAACAUCCCCAGAGCGCUGGGAGAUCAAGCAGUUAAUUGCGUCCGGGGCCGUUUCCGCAGCUGAUUACCCAGAUAUUGACGAAGAAUAUCAUGCUACCUUGACCGGAGAGGGCACAUUUGAAGAAGAGGAAGACAUUGAUAUCGAAGUUAGAGACGAAGAACCUGCUUUCCUGGCGGGUCAGACCAAGAUGUCUCUGGAGCUGUCUCCUAUCCGAGUUGUCAAGGCUCCAGAUGGAUCCAUGAACCGCUCCGCAAUGGCAGGUACAAAUCUAGCCAAGGAACGAAGAGAGCUCAGGCAACAGGAGGCCCAGGACAAGGCAGCCGAACAGGCAGCUGGGGUGGAUCUCAACGCGCAGUGGCAGGAUCCUAUGGCUAGUGAGCGAAAAUUUGCGGCCGACCUCCGUUCUACUCAGCAAACGGGGACUGACGAAGCGGUUCCGGAGUGGAAGAGGGUCACGAUGGGCAAAACCCCGUCAUUCGGAAAGCGGACGAAUAUGUCAAUCAAGCAACAGAGAGAAAGUCUGCCGGUCUACAAAUUCCGCCAGCAGCUGCUGGAGGCCGUAGCGGAAAAUCAGCUACUGAUUGUUGUCGGCGAUACCGGGUCAGGGAAGACAACGCAAGUGACUCAGUAUUUGGCUGAGGCAGGCUGGGCCAAUAAGGGAAUUAUCGGAUGUACCCAACCUCGCCGUGUUGCUGCGAUGUCGGUUGCUAAGCGUGUGGCUGAGGAAGUCGGCUGCAAGCUUGGUGCAGAGGUUGGGUAUACAAUCCGUUUUGAGGAUUGUACUAGCCCAGAGACGAAGAUCAAGUACAUGACGGAUGGAAUGCUCCAGAGAGAAGUUUUGCUAGACCCAGACUUGAAAAAGUAUUCUGUGAUUAUGCUUGACGAAGCUCACGAGCGAACCAUCGCGACUGAUGUCCUCUUUGGGCUGCUGAAGACUACACUCAAGCGGAGACCAGACUUGAGGCUCAUUGUUACGUCCGCCACGCUAGACGCUGAUAAGUUCUCUGAGUACUUCUACGGCUGUCCCAUCUUCUCUAUCCCUGGUCGGACAUUCCCUGUGGAGAUCAUGUACUCGAAAGAACCUGAAUCAGACUACCUAGAUGCAGCUCUCAUCACCGUCAUGCAGAUUCACUUGACUGAGCCUCCUGGCGAUAUGCUGCUGUUCUUGACCGGACAAGAGGAAAUUGACACAGCGUGCGAGAUUUUAUAUGAGCGGAUGAAAGCUCUCGGUCCAAGCGUCCCAGAGUUGGUGAUCCUCCCAGUCUACUCAGCGCUACCCAGCGAAAUGCAAAGUCGCAUAUUCGACCCUGCACCCCCCGGCGGCCGGAAGGUUGUCAUUGCCACAAACAUCGCAGAAACCUCCAUCACAAUCGACAACAUCUACUACGUCAUUGACCCGGGUUUCGUUAAGCAAAAAGCCUACGACCCAAAGCUGGGGAUGGACUCACUAGUCGUAACACCAAUCUCCCAGGCGCAAGCCAAACAGCGUGCCGGCCGAGCAGGCCGAACUGGUCCUGGAAAAUGCUUCCGCCUCUACACCGAAGCCGCAUACCAAUCCGAGAUGCUCCCUACCACUAUUCCCGACAUUCAACGCCAAAACCUGUCGCAUACCAUCCUCAUGCUGAAAGCAAUGGGCAUCAACGACCUGCUCCACUUCGACUUUAUGGAUCCUCCGCCGACAAACACCAUGCUCACAGCUUUAGAAGAGCUUUACGCACUAUCCGCACUAGAUGACGAAGGUCUUUUAACACGUCUAGGCCGCAAAAUGGCCGACUUUCCCAUGGAGCCAGCCCUAGCUAAGGUCUUGAUUGCUUCCGUCGACAUGGGCUGCUCUGAGGAAAUGCUCUCCAUCGUCGCCAUGCUCUCCAUCCAAUCCGUCUUCUACCGUCCCAAGGAAAAACAGCAACAAGCAGAUCAAAAGAAGGCCAAAUUUCACGACCCCCACGGCGAUCAUCUAACGUUACUCAACGUUUACAACGCCUGGAAAAGAUCCGGCUUUAGCAACGCCUGGUGCUACGAAAAUUUCAUCCAAGCACGCCAGAUUCGCCGCGCGCAGGACGUCCGCCAGCAACUCCUUGGCAUCAUGCAGCGCUAUCACCACAAAAUCGUCUCAUGCGGGCGCAACACUACCAAGGUGCGACAGGCUCUUUGCACAGGGUUUUUCCGCAAUUCAGCACGCAAGGACCCGCAGGAAGGGUAUAAGACGCUUGUCGAGGGAACUCCUGUGUACAUGCAUCCUUCUUCUGCAAUGUUCGGCAAGCCUGCUGAGCACGUCAUAUACCACACGCUUGUGCUGACGACGAAGGAGUACAUGCACUGCACGACGGGGAUCGAGCCAAAGUGGCUUGUUGAGGCGGCGCCAACCUUCUUCAAGGUCGCGCCAACGGAUCGCCUGUCCAAGAGGAAGAAGGCAGAGAGGAUCCAGCCGCUGCAUAAUCGCUUUGCUGGCGAGGAUGAUUGGCGCUUGUCGGCACAGAGAAGGCAGGGCAGGGGUGGUGGCGGUGGGACUUGGGGCUAGAUGUUCUAGUCUUCUGGAUUAUAAGUGUUUUUCUAUCAUCUCACUCUACUGUGUUGUUCUAUGUCAUGUAUACCCAGUUAGAAUAUAUUUUGGAGGUUGUAUUAUAAAGUUAUUUCUUCUGCAUGAUCUAUUUACGGAAAUUACAAACUUUACAAUGUACGGGGUGCAAUCCUUACUACCCCGUGAUACCUGGCACCUGCAAUAUCUCGGCAUUCAGAAGUAGAUCCAGCCGGGUAACACUCUUCCAUCGGCGAUAGAUAAAAUACCGACAUCACGACAUCGGCAUCCAGCCGAUCUGUCGGCGAUAACGAUUUCCGUAUCUCUGAUUAUCGAGUCCACCCGUCACUGCACCAGCUCUAGUGUCUCGCUAUGCAAAUAAAGGGUCUACAGGCACUGAUAA